AUGCUUUGCGCCCUGGCUAAUCUUCCACUAUUUAUUGGAAAUACGUUUCCAGAAACUAAAAUACCAACAACUACACGAACCACUGUGGUAUGUGCAGCAAAAGGUCCAAGACCAAGAUAUCCUCGAGUUUGGAAGACCGAUAAAAAAAUCGGAACCAUUUCCAAGGCUGCUAAGCUUGUCCACUCUAUUAAGGAACUUUCAAAUGUCAAAGAGGAAGUUUAUGGAGCUCUUGAUACAUAUGUCGCUUGGGAACUAGAAUUUCCUUUAAUUACAGUGAAAAAGGCUGUCAAGACUCUAGAGUACGAGAAAGAAUGGAAGCGGAUAAUACAGGUAACGAAAUGGAUGCUAAGCAAGGGUCAAGGAAAGACAAUGGGAAGCUAUUUCACAUUAAUUAAUGCUUUAGCAGAGGAUGACCGGCUUGAUGAAGUGGAAGAGCUUUGGACAAAGCUAUUAAUGCAGUACACGGGAAGCUUACCUCGUAGAUUUUUUGAUAAAAUGAUAUCUAUCUACUCUAAAAGGGGCUUGCAUGACCAGAUGUUUGAGGUAUUUGCAGACAUGGAGGAGCUUAGUGUUCGACCUAGUAGUUCUGUUGUUUCAAUAGUUGGAGAUGUCUUCAAGGAGCUCGGUAUGAUGGAGAAAUACGACAAGUUACAUAAAAAAUAUCCACCACCCCUAUGGGAAUAUAGAUACAUCAAAGGAAAGCGCGUAAGAAUUAGAAUGCAAGGUCAAUCUAAUCACGUUGGCAAAUACAUAAGAAAACACGACAGUGUUCAACCAAAUUCAGGCUUAAGACAGGAUGAUAGUUCAGAAGAGACUUCAGAGUUAAUAGAUGAUGAACAAUUCGAACAGGACACUGAGGUAUUAUUCAUGGAAACCAAACAAAUUUCAGGUGAGUCGAAUCAGAGUAUGGAACCAAGUCUAGAUGAUAUAUCAUGA